AAUUCUCACAAAAACCAACAAAAAGAAAAAGUCUAAAAUACUUUUCUUCUUCUCAUUCUGACUUUUCUUACCCCCUAAAAUUCCCCUAUCAAAAUUCCCUGCCCUCUUCUUCCCCAAUCCGUUCUGUAUUUUCCGAAUUUGUUAUCUUCUUUUGCUCUGUUAGCGAUCUGCUGUUAGAUUGGCUCAAUUUCAUCGAUUACACUACACAUCAAACAGAAGGAGUAUUUUCCUUUUAGAUUUCAAUUUGUAUUGACAGAUGGAAGAGGGGAAGUUGCCUGAGAACCAUUUGACUUCUGCUGCAGCGUUUGUGGAAGGAGGAAUCCAGGAUGCAUGUGAUGAUGCUUGCAGUAUAUGCCUCGAAGAUUUUUGUGACGAUCCUUCAACAUUGACUAGUUGCAAGCAUGAGUUUCAUCUCCAGUGCAUUCUUGAAUGGUGUCAGAGAAGCUCGCAGUGCCCAAUGUGUUGGCAGUCCAUCAGCUUGAAGGAUCCCAGCUGCCAGGAAUUGCUCGAUGCUGUGGAACAUGAAAGGAACGUACGGAUGAACCCACCUAGAAAUACAACAAUAUUUCAUCAUCCAACUUUGGGGGACUUCGAGUUGCAGCACUUACCAGUUAGUGCAAGUGAGUCUGAACUUGAAGAGCGCAUUAUUCAGCACUUAGCUGCUGCUGCUGCAAUGGGAAGGGCUCGUCAGCUUGUUAGGAGGGAAAGUCAGAGGAGCAGACCUUCUUCCCAAGGCCAGCCCCAUUUCUUGGUGUUUUCAGCUCAUCCGAAUGGGGCUACGGCCACUUCUGCCGCUUCUUCUGCCACUCAGAGAGAUGGCAGUGGUAUGCCACCUCAACUUAUGACAGCUGGCGCAGAUGCUCCGUUUAUUACUGUUGGAGGAGAUUCUGCACAUUUUGUUCCAAGACCGUCUUCUGCCCAAGCAGACCAGCUUAUGAGUACCGCCUCAGGAUCAAGUGCGGGGGCACAUCAACAUGGAACAUCAUCAAGCAAUAGGAGCCCUCCAGCCCAGACUUCUCCUCAAGAUAGAGCUGGACCAUCAGAUUUUCAGUCAUUUUCAGAGUCCGUCAAAUCCCGCAUUGGUACAUGGUCAACGAGAUAUAAAGAGUCGAUAACCAAGAGUACGAGAGGUUGGAAGGAGAGAUUGUUUGCUCGUAGCGGUCCAACAUCCGAUUCGAGCACGGAAGUUUCUAGAGAAGUUGACCAAGGAGGUACUGCGACUCUAUCGAGGAUGAUGGAUCAUCUUGAAAUAGCAGAAGAUGGUAGAACCAACUCACCUACUGAUGCAGAGGAUAGCACAACUCCAGAUCCUACUACCGAACGGCUAACCAUUGGCAGCUCUUCUACGCGAGCUCCAUGUGCUGCUAGUUCUUCAAACUAAGUGUUGCUUUAGCAAUUUCAUCAAGUUCACGGCGCUUCCUUUUCUCGGUGAACUAGUUCUUUCUGACGUCGAUGCUGUCUCUGGACGGGAGCGGCUUAUACAACCUUAGAUGCCGAUUUCAUCGGUUUGUGGUAACAUUAAAUACGUGUUGUAAGAGAACUCAGAAAAGAAGAAAGAAAAAAAAAACAUCGGUGAUAAUAAAGGGUAAUAAGUCUUUGGACAGGGUUGUAAAUUUUUGGUUUGUGAUUCUUGAUUACUAUUAUUUAUGCAUGUAUGAUAUAGCAUGAUUAAUAUCAUGUGUUUGAUUACAGAGUUUAUCUUUAUAUAAUUUGGUUUACUAUG